AUGCUCCUGACCAACACAAAGACGGGUUUUUCCGUCAAGGACAUCCUGGACCUCCCCGACACCAACGACGAGGACGGCUCCGCAGCGGAAGGAGGAGAGGAGGAAAGCGAAGCGCCGGAGCCUCCCAAGAAAAACCACGGUGUUUGGGCCAAAACCCCCUUGGACGCUGUUCAGAACGCUGCCUUGAAGCCCCCUUUCUAUGAUAAUAGCGAUAAUCCCUACACGCGCUGGCUGGCGAGCGGAGGCAUCCAGUACUCCCUGCACGGGCUGGCGGCCGGAGCGGGCGGCCAGGCCGGCUCCAAGUCCCCGGAGCCGUCGGCCGACGAAUCGCCCGACAACGAGAAGGAAGCGGCGGGCGGAGGGGACGCGGGGAAGAAGAGGAAGAGGAGGGUGCUCUUCUCCAAGGCGCAGACCUACGAGCUGGAGCGCGGUUUCCGGCAGCAGCGGUACCUGUCAGCCCGGAGGCGGGAGCACCUGGCCAGCCUGAUCGCCUGACGCCCACCCAGUGAAGAUCUGUGUUUCCAGAACCACCGCUACAAGAUGAAGCGGGCCCGGGCAGAGAAAGGUAUGGAAGUGACUCCUCUCCCCUCCCCGCGGCGGGUGGCCGUGCCGGUCCUGGUGCGGGACGGCAAGCCCUGCCACACGCUCAAAGCUCAGGACUUGGCGGCCGCCACCUUCCAGACGAGGCACGCCGGCAUCCCCUCCGCCUAUAGCGCCCAGUCCCUCCAGCAUAUGCAAUACAACGCCCAGUACAGCGCGGCCGGCAGCCCCCAGUACCCCACAGCGCAUCACUUGGUACAGGCGCAGCAAUGGACUUUGGUGACGCGGGCUGUGAGUGGCGGCACGCACCCGGCCCCGCACGCACCCACACAGCAAGAGAGGAGGAAAAAAUAA